AAAAACCUCCAAUUUCCAUCCUCUCUGUAUCUCUUUUCAGUUUUCCUAUUCUUCUCUACUUCUCUACUUCUCUCUCCCUCUCUCUCUCUCUCUCUCUGUUUUUGUAAGUCAUUUCCAUGGAUGAUUCCAACAACAAAGCCUUAUCACUCAUGGAACCAAAACCUUCACACCCACUUCACCAGAUUGCAGAAACCCCAACCCACAAACUUCUUCUCAAGCAAUGGCUCAAGGAAGAAGAACUGAUCUUCGGCAGAAUUUCACUCAAAGAAACCCAAAUCGACUCUGUUAGAAAAGAAAUCACCAUGCUUCACAUUUUCUUCUUCGUCUUCCACUCUACAGCCAUACUCCUUCUCUUCAAUGCCUCCACCAAGGAUUUCCAUGGUGUAGCCUGUAAGAGAUCGUGGAUUCCUUCACUCUGUUCUCUCUUGUUCUCUCUGGGAAUCAUUUGGGCUGUCAGAUACAAGACGGAUGUUGAAGCCCAUUUGGAGAAAUUGCUUGAGAGGGAAAAAGAAGACCGGAAUUUGUUGUCAAAGUGUGUGGAUGAAUUGAAGAGGAAAGGGAUUGAAUUUGAUUUGCUGAAGGAAGUGGAUGCGCUGAGGAGGGCCAAGAGUCUGAGAGUUGAAGCCAAGGCUGUGAGGAAAUGGUCUUCCAGGGAUUUCAUCACUCUGUUUUUCUUCUCUGUUUCUUGUAUGUUUCUUGGGAUUAUUAGGGUGGUUCUAUGUAACAACUAAAAGGGGGGGAUUGGUGAUUGGUGAUUUUGGAUCUUCUUUGUUUCAUUGCAGAUUACUCUGAUCUGCACUUGUAUUUUGUUGCUUUCGUGGGUAUUAUUUGGAUAACAAUUUUAUCUUCUUUCCAAAAGUAGUUAUUUUGUUGUUAUUUCUAA